CAAUUAGAGGCUCAAAAAUUUGAUGUAGAUGAAUUAUUUCAAUUUACCAUGAAGAAAAAUUGGAAGGAAGUGCUGAGAAUAUGCAAGAGCUACCCUUCGGCUGCUUGCAACGCUAAGCUAACUAAAUCAGAAGAGACAGCUCUGCACAUUGCUGUCUCAAGUUACCAUGUAGGUGAAAAGGAAGCUCAUGCACUUGCAGCAACCAUAGGGCAACUGGUAGAAUCACUACCAGUGGGCCAGGCAGUCGAGAUCCUUAAAGCGCAAAACGACAAAGGAGACACAGCUCUCCAUCUAGCUGCAGCACUUGGCAGUGUCACAAUCUGUGAUUGUAUAGCCAGGAACCGCAAUCAGAUUUAUCGCGAGCUCAUCAUGAUCCGCAAUCGGAAGGGCGAAACACCAAUGUUCUUGGCAGCUCAUCACGGCCAUAUGGAAGCUUUUCAACUGCUUCAUCAGCUCUACAAUGGGAAUGCAAGCGAACCAGAUUAUUCACUCGGUAGAAGGAAUGAUGGGGAUACCAUUCUGCACUCUGCCAUAUCUGGGGAAUACUUUGCAUUGGCAGACCUGAUAAGUAUCAAAUACCGCAAGCUUGUCAAUUCUGUCAAUGAGGAAGGCUUUUCUCCUCUCCACAUCCUAGCCAGGAAGCCAAAUGUAUUUGAGAGCAGCAGCAAUCUUCGACUCUGUGAUCGAAUGCUCUAUCGCUGUGUAUAUGUCCCUGAGGUUAAGAACCGUCAAUCCAGAAGAGGAGACCGGAGAAGUUUAGAGGCGACCGGAGAGCACUAUCCCAAGAACUACCAGACGUGUGUGAACUUCAUUCGUCUAAUUUCGACUGCAUUCUGGCUAAUUGCUCCUCUUGGGAAAGGUCAAGAUCAAGGUCAAGGUCCAGGUACAGCAGAUCCAGAAGAGGGAAAAAUGGAAGGUCAAGCUUCUCGUGGAGAAGAUUCUGAUUCCAGACAACCGGGCAGUACAGAAGACAGAGAAAUUCCAAUAGAGGGAAAUCAAGGAAAAGAGCUCAAUGAUGAGAACACGUUUCCACCUAACUAUGCUACCUGCAUUCAGUUGUUCAAAUUUGCAAUCAACCUUGCACUAAUUAUUUUCGGAAUCGGCAUUUGGAAGAUCAGCAAGAUUGCGGAGAAGAAACAGAGGCACAAUAGGGCUGUUCGGAUGAUGGAUAAAUUGAUUGAGAAAGAAUCACGAUAUAAGUACAGUCACGAUGGGCAAAAUCCCAUAAAUGCUGCAGAACCGAUGUAUGAAGGAAGAUUUGUCGUUCCAAAAGCAGCACCAGAAACACCUGAUACUCCUUCAAGCUCGAAAGACAACAUCCCUGCAAGCAAAUCCAAAGACAAGAAAAACAAAAUUGAGAGUAAACCAGAAGCCAACCCCAAGGACGCUAAGGAGACAUCAAUAUUACUUGCAGCAAAGAUGGGUAUAUCAGAAAUGGUGGAAAAAAUCCUGAAAACCUUUCCAGUGGCCAUUCAAGACUUGGAUGCAAAUGGGAAGAAUGCCCUGCUCUUGACCGUUGAGAACAGGCAAAUCAAGGUAUUUGAUUUAUUAAUGACAAUGAAACUCCCGGAAUUUGUGCUUUAUCAAAUUGACAAUGAAGGAAACAGUGCAAUGCAUCUCGCUGCCAAGUUUCAAGAGCAUAAACCUUGGCGAAUUCCAGGUACCGCAUUGCAGAUGCAGUGGGAACUCAAGUGGUUUAAGGGAUGGGUAUCAAUUAUUCCACUCACAAAUGACGUACUUGUAUCAGAUGCCCAAACAAAGGAUGUUAAGGAGACACGAAUAGUAGCAGCAAACAUGGAUAUAAAAGAAACGGUGAAAAAAAUCCUGGAAACCUUUCCGGCGAUCAUUCAAGAUUUGGAUGCGAAUGCCAAGAAUGCCCUGCUCUUGACAGUUAACCUCGCUAAGAUGCAAGAUCCCACAACCAAGGAUGUUAAGAAGGAGACACCAAUACUACUUGCAGCAAAGAUGGGUGUAACAGAAGUCGUAAAAAAAAUCCUGGAAACCUUUCCUGUUGCCAUUCAAGACUUGGAUGCAAAUGAGAAGAAUGCCCUGCUCUUAGCCGUUGAGAACAGGCAAAACAAGGUAUUUGAUUUGCUAAUGAUGAUGAAACUCCCCGAGUUUGUGCUUUAUCAAGUUGAUAAUGAAGGAAAUAGUGCGUUGCAUCUGGCUGCUAAGUUCCAAGAACACCAACCUUGGCGAAUUCCAGGUGCUGCAUUGCAGAUGCAGUGGGAAAUCAAGUGGUAUAAGCAUGUCAAGCACUCCAUGCCGCCACAAUGUUUCAUCCAGUACAACAAGAAAGGUGAGACUGCAGGAAAAAUUUUCAUGAAGACACAUGAAAAACUAGUAAAAGAUGGAAGUAAGUGGAUGAUCAAAACCUCCGAAUCAUGCUCUCUGGUGGCAGCACUCAUUGCAACAGUGGCAUUUGCUACCUCAUCAACAAUUCCAGGUGGUCCUGAUCAAAAGUCUGGUCAUCCAGUUCUCGAAAAACAACCUGCAUUCAAUGUUUUUUCUGUUGCUUCACUUGUUGCUCUCUGCUUCUCUGUGACUGCCCUGGUGUUUUUUCUAGCUAUCCUUACCUCAAGAUGCCAGAAAAAGGACUUCAAAAAGAGUUUGCCAAGGAAGCUUUUAUUUGGAUUAACCUCACUAUUCACCUCCAUAUCUGCAGUACUGGUCUCGUUCUGUGCAGGACAUUUCUUCAUGCUCAGCGAUCAAAUCCAUAGUGCAGCACUUCCCCUCUAUGCUGUAGCAUGUCUACCAAUAACCUUUUUUGCUUUUGCACAGCUACCAUUAUACUUUGAUCUCUUAUGGUCAAUCAUCCGAAAGGUUCCUGUUCGUAGCUACAAGGUAUACUACCAUUAGUGUUUUCCUGGCUAAUCUCCUUAAAGUUUGUUUUCAGUUUUAAGGACAUAUCUGUUACUUUUGGAGCUUGGGUUCUGUUUUUGCUCUGAUUAUUUUGGAGCAAUAGUUUCGUGUACAUUUUGUUUUUCAGUAUUUGAUGUGUUUGAUGUACUUGGAUAAGACA